AUCGGACUUUAGACCCAAAAUGUUUCCUUUCUUGUCAGAUAUGGUUUUCAACACAUAAGGAAUUAUGGCAGCUGUAUUGAAACAUUGGAGAGAGGCGGCGACAUUGCUACUUGUAACACGCAAACAGUCGGGGAAAAAUGUUAAGUUUCAACCUUUAAACUCUACAAAUACAACACAAAAAAUCAACACAAACAAAACCGCAUUAGUAGGCCUUAUGGGAGAUAAUUUGGAUGUUUUGCUGUUAAAGCGAAGCAGUAAAAGUAGAUUUAUGCCAAGUGUUUAUGUGUUUCCUGGAGGUGUAGCAAGUGAUGCAGACUUUUCUGCUGACUGGAGGUCAUAUUUCCUUCGUGUUAAUUCAGAUCUAGCCUUAAAUACCUUUAAAUAUGUUCAGAAAGGGGGAGUUGAUUGUCCUAUGUUCAAUAGAGAAAGAGAUCCCCAAUUUUGUUAUAUCCCAAGUGAAUUGGCUUUCAGAAUUUGUGCUAUAAGAGAAACUUUUGAAGAAAGUGGAGUGUUGUUAGCCAGAAAGAUUGCAGACUUAAAAGACAUCACAGCGGAUUUCAUGGCUAAAUCACCUAUUCUAGGUACUCCUAUCCAUAAUGAAAAAGAUAUAUUAGAAUAUUGGCGAAAGGAAGUGUAUGCAGACCCAUCCAAAUUUUUAGCCAUGUGUAAGGAGCUGAAAAUUAUCCCUGAUGUAUGGUGUUUAUAUGAAUGGUCCAACUGGCUAACACCAACAGGAUUAGAUUCAUUUUCCAAGAAAUCUGGUCGAAGAUUUGACACAGCCUUUUUUAUGGCCUGUGUUCCUGAGAAACCUGAAGCUAUGCAUGAUGAAGGUGAAACAGUUCAUUUGCAGUGGGGUUCACCAAAAGAUGUUUUAUAUGAAUAUGCCCAUAAUCAAGCACAGAUAGCUCCACCACAGUUAUAUGAACUUUCUAGGUUAUUUAACUUCGCGGAUAUUAACCAUCUCCAUGAAUUUGUAUGGAAAAGAGAAUUACAAGGACUUAUUAGAUACUUUCCAAUACAGAUAAAGUGCCAAGAUGCUUAUUUAUCCGUCUUACCAGGAGAUGGUUUAUAUCCUAAAGAGCCAAAUGUAGAGACUGGAAACCAAGUAGAUGAAAGGGAGGAAACUCUUGCAGAAUUAAAAAAGAAAUUUCCCAAACAACAUAGAACUUAUUUAAGUGAU